AGUCCGCCAAUCCCUGUCUUCGGGAAUCGUGGCCUGGUAUCCCGCAGCCUUAGCGGGUCGCGCCGGAGGGGGGUGGAGGCGGAAGCGACGGCGCCGGCCCCGGGAGUAGGAAGGAGCCGGGGCUGCAGACCGAGUGGAGCGGCUGCCAACCGAGGACCAGGCGCGGCCGCGUCGCCAUUUUGCGGCCCUAAGCGGCCGCGACCGAGUCAUGGCUGAGACCUACGACUUCCUCUUCAAAUUCCUGGUGAUUGGCAGUGCGGGUACUGGCAAGUCAUGUCUCCUUCAUCAGUUCAUUGAGAAUAAGUUCAAACAGGACUCCAACCACACAAUCGGCGUGGAGUUUGGAUCUCGGGUGGUCAACGUGGGUGGGAAGACUGUGAAGCUACAGAUUUGGGACACAGCCGGACAGGAGCGGUUUCGGUCGGUGACGCGGAGUUAUUACCGAGGGGCGGCCGGAGCCCUGCUGGUGUACGACAUCACCAGCCGGGAGACUUACAACUCGCUGGCUGCCUGGCUGACGGACGCCCGCACGCUGGCCAGCCCCAACAUCGUGGUCAUUCUCUGUGGCAACAAGAAGGACCUGGACCCGGAGCGAGAGGUCACGUUCCUAGAGGCCUCCCGCUUUGCCCAGGAGAACGAGCUGAUGUUCCUGGAAACUAGUGCUCUCACGGGUGAGAACGUGGAGGAGGCGUUCCUGAAGUGUGCCCGCACCAUUCUGAACAAGAUCGACUCAGGCGAGCUUGACCCCGAGCGGAUGGGCUCUGGCAUCCAGUACGGCGACGCCUCUCUUCGCCAGCUGCGGCAGCCUCGGAGCGCCCAGGCUGUGGCCCCUCAGCCCUGUGGCUGCUGAGACCUGUGGAGCCAGCUCACCUGUUCUCCAGGACCAGCGCUGUCCUUCCGGCUGGGGCCCAGACCAGGCCCUGGGAGGCCAAGCCCCUUACCUGCCCUGGCCCCGGAGAAGCUGCCCUGCCACGUGCCCCCUUCCCUGGCCUGGUGGGGCCUGGCUGAGGGGCAGGACUGAGCCACGAGGGGGAGGGGGAAUCCAUACCUGCUGCUGCUUCCUCUGUCUUGGCUGCCCCUGUCCCCCCAAACCACCCCUAACCAUACUCGAAGCCUUCCCAAAGCCUGAGACCAGGGCCAUUUGGCCUCAGCUUCCCUGGCCCUUGCCAUUGCGAGUACGUGUUAUUUAUUACCUGGAGGCCUGUCCCGUCCCCACCCCCAACCCCCAUAAAGCAUUGUUUACACCUG